AUGGCCUCGCCGCCGCGCCGCCGCGUCUUGCCGCCGCCGCUCCCGGACGACCUCGUCGAAGAGAUCCUCCUCCGCCUCCCGCCCGACGACCCGGCCUGCCUCCUCCGCGCCUCCCUCGUCUGCAAGGACUGGGCCGGCAUCGUCUCCCACGCCGCCUUCCGCCGCCGCCUCCACGAGCUCCACCGGGCAGCCCCCGUGCUCGGCUUCCUCCACGACUGGGAAGACGAGCGCAUCCCCCGCUUCAUCCCCACCACCGCCUCGUUCUUCUCCCUCCCCGCUCCGGAGUGGCGCUCCUGGCGGGCCAUCGACUGCCGCCACGGCCGCGCUCUCCUCCUCUCCAAGGGCUCCGGUGCUCGGGAACUCCUUGUCUGGGAGCCAAUCACGGGCGCCCAGCAGCGCGUACCGGUGCCCGCAGCAGCGUUCGAGAGCGACAUGCCGGCGGCGGCCGUGUUCUGCGCAGCGGACGGGUGCAACCACCACAACUGCUUGGGGGGUCCUUUCUGCGUGGCAUUCCUCUUCGGCCUCAUCUUCUUCACGGACGACAGCGACAGGGAGCAAUUUGUCACGUCGGCGUGCGUAUACUCGUCGGAGACCGGCGCCUGGGGCGAGCUGACCUCGCUGCCCGGCCAGUUCGGUAACUUUGAAUACUAUUCCAGCGUGCUCGUUAGGAGGUCUCUGCUCUACUUCAUGUCCGACGCUAUGUCGAUCCAAGAAUAUGACUUGGCCAGGCACAGCCUAGCUGUGUUUAGCCCUCCCAACGGUGGCGACUUCGGCGACGGGCAGAGAAUUAACCUCAUGCUGGCUGAGGAUGGUGGACUGGGAGUCAGCGAAGGCUUGGUUCAGCAUCUCAAAUUGUGGUCAAGGGUGGUGGGUGACGGCGCCGAUGACCGAUGGGUACUGAGCCGGGUCAUCAACCUGAAAAUUUUGCUUCCAAAUGAUGCUCUCGUGGAUGCAACAAGUUCAGUGCAAGUGUUGGGCUAUGCUGAGGAAGCGAAUGUCAUUUUCGUUAACACGGAUGCUGGUCUCUUCUCAAUCGAACUACAAUCAGAGCGGGCGAGCAGGGUGUGCGAUGAUCAUGACGUCUGUAAUCUGAUCCCAGUUGUCAGCUUCUACACUCCACAUUCUCCACUAGAGCGGGCACAGGAGCUGUUCAAUAAGGGGUGCAAGGCUGUUGAGGAGAGGGACUUCACCAACGCAAUUAACUGCUUCAGGCACGCCCUCAAGAUCAGGGUUCAACAUUAUGGAGAACUUGCUCCGGAGUGUGCUAGCACAUUCUACAGAUAUGGGCGUGCCAAAGCUCUGCAGGCGGCCAAUCCUUCAAAGCGUGCACCCAAUGAAGAAUCAGUCAAAAUUGCACCUACGACCAACAAAGAUGAUGCUGGGAGCUCAAAGGCCUCUGGCAGCAGUGUUGAGCAUGUUCCACCUGCGAGGAAAGGUGAUUCUGAAGAAGGAGCAAACUUGAAUGGCAAAGAUCUGGAGGACGCGAACACGACGGCUGAUGGAGAUGAUUCUGAUUUGGAUCUGGCCUGGAAAAUGUUGGAUACUGCAAGAGCGAUAGUUGCCAAGAGCCCAGACCAGACAAUGGAGAAAGUUAAUAUAUUUUGCGCUCUAGCUCAAGUCUCCACGAAAACGGGGGACAGAGACAACACAAUUGGUUACUAUUUGAAAGCUUUAGCCAUGUUGGAACAUUUGGUUAGGCCUGACCAUCCUCGAAUUAUCAAGAUAAAUGUCCACAUAUUUGUGGCCUUCGAGUUAGCAUCCAAGGUUGGGGAUGCGAUCCCAUAUUGUGCAAAGGCUAUUUCAGUAUGCAAGUCACGCAUACAGAAUCUGAAACAUGCCAAGGAAGCUUUGUUCACAUCUGCUGCUGAAGGAAGCUCAGGAAAGUUCACUCCAGAAGAGGAGAUAGCUUUCCUUACUAGAUUCUUGGCCCGACUCCAGAAGAAGCUUGAAAAACUGGAGCUGGCAAUGUCAGCCCCAAGCUCUUGCACAGAUAAGACUAUGAAGAGGGCUCUCUCAUUGGCAAGUCAUGAGCAGAAUGUUAGCAGUACUGCGGCAAGAGCUGCAUCUUCGACUUCACAGAUGGCUGGAUCAAACAACAGCUCGCGUUCCCCAACUAUGUCUACAGAAGCAACAACAGGAGGCAUUGGAAGUGGUGUAACUGACUUGAGGAUUGUUAGCACAGGUAUGGAACACACUAAUGACAAGCCGAUCUCUGACGAACCUUCUCCAAAGCGGUUUGCAGCAGAUGAUUCACCAUUCGUGAAAUGAAAUGUGAUAGCAGCUAGAUACAAGAUCUGGAAUUGCAAAGAUAUGCCUGGAAUAAUGUCCUAACAAGAUGUUACUGCUCCCUGUUCACGUUCCAUCAAUAGUCAAUACUUAUCUGUUGAAUAGUUUGUGUCAUCCAGUAUUUGAUCUGAUUACUAGAUUUUGAUCUAAUCAUCAGUGGCCGUCUGCAGUGAGGUAGUCAUCCUUGUGUUGUGUAUAUCCAAUCGCACUGUUUGUCGUGCUCCGCAAAUCCUUCUGGUGUUUGUACUUUACUGUGAUGUUUGAUCAGCUGGAGGAGGUGACCUUGUGUA